UGUCGCUCGAUACAAGUUAAGAUGGAUGCCAACAGGACUUGAGUGCACUAAAUCACUGACCCACAACGAAUUGGGAUUCGGGUACCUUUUAAAGGACAAGGUUUGGCCUUUGGAUCGGGGAUCAUGGGGGUCUUCACGAGCAGACAAAGUAACGGAGUCGAAGAAGUGGACCUUGGCGCCAACAAUGCCUAUCGAUUUCCUCCCAAGUCAGAACUCCAACCUUGCAUUUUGCCUUUAGGCAAUUACUUCGGAACUCAUUUCAUCAUGGGAGGUGAGAGGUUCGAUACUCCCCAACCUGAAGCUUACUUGUUUGGUGACAAUUUAGAUUUGAACUUCUUGGGAAGCAGACCAACUCCUUUUCCAUAUCCGGCUCCCCAAGCGAACGAGCCGACGAAGACACUCAAAGCACUCAUAAACAUCCGGAAGGAGAGCUUACACUUCACUCGAGUGAAUGCAGACCAAGAUGUUGCAUCCGAGGUCCCACCUCCACCUCCUCCAGAAACGAGAGUCCCUGAGGAGGAGGAGAAAGAGGUAACAGAUGGACAAGAUAGUAAUAACCAUGUCCAAGGGAACCCUCGACCUGUGAGCCUCCCCCGAAGUACCAAGUUCAACAUUGAAUUCACCUUUGACUGUGAUGUCCGGUGUGCCAUCACAGUCCAUUACUUCUGCACAGAGGAGCUCACCCCUCAUGGUUUAAUAUAUAAACCUCGCAACCCACAAAUGAGUUCCUACACAUAUCACUACAAGAGGGGAGCAAACCAGCAUUUUUGUCAAGUGGAGCACAUCUUUGACCCAACUGAGUGGCCAGAAGCUGAUCUCUCAUAUGACUAUGAGAGAGAUUUUCUCCCUAUUCAACCCCUUAUUUUAGAACCAUGGCAAUCCCAUGCAACACUGGCUGUUGUGGAGAAAUACACUGAUGGCACUUAUGGGCUGAAGGCAUUCAAGCAAAAACUUUUUGUUGAUGGCCUUUGCUAUCUCCUUCAGGAAGUAUAUGGCAUCGAGAACAAGAAUGUAGAAAUGAAGAAUGAUGACGAGACUGAGGACAGUGGAGCAGAAUGUGUUAUCUGCAUGAGUGAUACACGGGACACAUUGAUCCUUCCAUGUCGUCACUUGUGCCUGUGCAACUGCUGUGCAGAUUCCUUACGCUACCAGGCCAACAAUUGUCCAAUCUGUCGCUCCCCAUUCCGGGCUCUUCUCCAGAUCCGUCCUGUCCAGAAGGCCUCAGGCUCUGGAAACAACACUGGCCCAAAUCUUAACACUGAGGUCCCCCAAGAUGGAAUACCUCCAGGAUAUGAAGCUGUGUCACUGAUUGAAGCCCUUAACGGACCUAUAACAACAUACCGAUCUCACCAUGUGGGAAGGGACAGGAGCUCAACUGGGAGUGCUGAUCGGGUCAGACUUCGUGGUGCUGGGGGCAGUCUUAGAAGUCGACCGACACCUGUGCCGGAGGGGCUGGUGUCACAUUGCCGCAGUGCAAGUGUCCCGAAAGAUCGACUUCCAGAACAGGAAGACGGAAGUGGAGAUCACAUCAGGGAUCGUCAUACUGAAUAUGUUGAACUCCCAACCCUUACAGAACUUGAUGGAGAUGGAGAGCCAGUUGGAGUAGAGGAAGAGGAAACCCUAUUGGAUUCCCCACCAUCUUCACCCAAGAACCGAGGUGCCAAUAGUGAUGAAGCAGUGGAGGGGCAGGAGGAAAAGGAAAAGGAGAAAGAGUUGGAGAUUGAGAGGAGGAUGAGCAGUCCUAACUCUCAGUAUCCAAGACAACAAACCACAAGUUCUACAAAUCAUGAAGAGGAACUCUCUGAUUACUACACACCUGAGGACCCUGUCAAGCACAUCUUGGAUCCUCCUUCCACCAAAGUGACAUCAGUGGUUCCACUAGCAACAGAGGAGGAAGGGCUGGGAGAUACAGAAGGGGAAUUGACCCCAUCCCCACCUGGUACCCCACAGAGCCUAUCAAGCCACAAAUCCUCAUCCAAUCAGAGCAGCUACAGUUCCCGUAAUUCCACCCAUCUCCUCCUCAGACACCCUUCCUCACACCGUGGGAUCAAGCAGCAAGUCAAGGAACCAGCUGUGCAUCAAGUCUGAAGAAAAUAUUCUGGGAAAGCCUGCCUGGGAAAGAAAAGCUACUUUCUGGGACAGUUUGGUGACAUGCCUCAAACA